AUGUCAACCCGCCAUCCAGCCCUAGUGCUGUACAAGCGCGCCCUGAAGCUGUCUCUGGACUGGGCAGUGCACCGAAACCUCUGGCGCGGCCAGGCAGUCUACAUCCGCUCCCUCUUCGAUGCGAACAAACAUGUGCGAAACCCGCGAGAGCAGCAGGUCCUGCUGCAAGAGACAGAGAAGCUGCUGGAGAAGUGGAAGCAUCCUGACCCUUACCGGGCCCCAACCGCGCCUGGCGGAUCCAAGUGGGAGCGCAACCUCGAGGCUCCCAUCCUGAACCCCCCCCAACCGCAACAUCUGGCCAAGGUCGAGAACUGA